AUGCCGUAUCAGCGUGCUGUGCAUGGCUGGCGCCAGGGAAUCCUGAUCACAACUCAAUUAGUUGGUCUUCUCUUCUCGGCUAUUGAUGCAUCUAUUGUAUCGACCGCCCUUGUCACUAUUUCCAUUAGUCUUCAGGAUUUUUUGGAUUCUCCAUGGGUAGUUUUGUCUUAUCUGUUAGCCUACCUUGGAUUCGCCAUCGGCUUUGCUAAAUUGAGCGAUAUUUACGGCCGUCGUGAGAUGCUAUGCUGCUCAUGGAUACUCUUUAUUGGGUUUUCCAUUGGAUGCGCUCGAGCGACAACCAUGACCCAAUUAAUUGUCUACCGCGCAUUUCAGGGCGUAGGAGGCUCAGGCCUCUACAGCUUAAGUCAGAUUGUACUCUUCGAAGCAGGCCCUUCUGAUAAGCCAAGCCUGAUGGGCGGCUUGAUCGGUACAACUUUGGCCAUCUCGUACGUCCUAGGGCCGAUUCUCGGGGCUGUCAUUUCGUCAACAACAGAGUGGAGUAUCAUAUUCUGGAUCAACGUCCCAGCCGGUGUAGCUGUCAUUCUUGCCUUGUACUUGGCAUCGCCACCGGAAUUAUUACCUCAUGAGAGAGGAUGGGGAUCUAUUCGAAAGAUCGACUUUGUUGGCAAUAUCUCAGUAAUAGCCGCCACUUCGCUUCUAGUCUUUUCUCUUCAAGAGGCCGGUACAUAUACCUAUGCUUGGGAUAGCCCAGUCAUCGUUGCAGCUCUAUCGAUCGCCUCUCUCGGCUGGGUUAUCUUCUUCACCUGGGAGAUUUACCUUGGACUGAAACGAUUUACACGCAUUGAGCCGAUCUUGCCCCUCCGACUCUUUUUUCGACGGGUAUACGCUAGCUGUAUUAUCUGUACAUUCUGCACUGGUUAUAUCUAUCUGUCGAUUAUCAUCAUCCUGCCUGAACGAUUCCAGAUUGUCAACGGACAGAAUGCACUCUAUUCCGGUAUCCACCUACUACCGAUGCUAGGUGCAACUUCUAUCGGUGCCUUCUCAGCGGGUGCCAUCUCCCGCAAGCGUAACAACACCUCCUGGACACUUAUGGUAGCUCACGCAUUCCAACUACUAGGAACCGGCCUCAUGACUAUGCUUAGGGACGCUACUACCGAAACAAAGGCACAAUACGGAUUUCAGGUACUUCUUGGUCUUGGUUUUGGGCUCUCUCUCGGCUCAGGGACAAUCAUGGCAUCGGUACAGUCGCAUAUUCAGGACUUGGCCGUGGCCCAGGGUGCCAUAGCACAGGCGCGGGUCUUCGGCGGUGCUGUAGGAAUAGCGAUUUGUAGCAUCAUCUUCAAUGGAAAGGUAACGAGGGAACUUGGGAACAAGAUGGAUCCCGAUGAUAUGGCCGCACUUCAUCACAGCCCUACAAUUGCUCCCUGGCUCCCAGAUGAUAUCAAGUUCCUUGUUCGAUCUGUCUACGCGUCGGCUUUUACUGGCGAUGUCAACGUCAUGAUCGCCAUAGCCACCGUCGGCGUUCUUGCUAGCGUGUUUACUUACGAACAACACCCACCUUCCUUGUCUACAGUCCCACAGGCUAAGGAGGCCUUGGGGAUUGAUGUACAGAGUGAUACGGAGCUCAGGUUAGUUAAUCAUUAA